AUGCAGAGAGUCAUCCAACGGACGGCUUCGGCGCGGAAGCAGGCCAUACGCAGAACCAACAAAAUCCACGAACGACAGGAAUUGUUGGACCGCGUCGGAAUUCGACGAGCGCGGAAGGACUAUGGCGGCACACUUUCUAGCCAGUUUCAAGCAGCACGAAAAGCCCGCUGGGAGGAUUGGGAGAAGGGGCCUCUUGCUCCAAUGCGAGACUCCGGUUUGGAACAAACUACAUAUGGUGGUCAGGGAGGCAACCUUUUGCAUCCUCCGGCCCUCCCUAAGCACGAACAACGCAGACACGUUCUUUUCGCCGAGGGUGACCGGGUCUGUGUUAUGCGAGGACGGGAUCAGGGAAAAAUCAGCGUGAUCCAGCAGGUCAACCGCGCUAGCGAGACUGUUCUUAUCAAAGAUGUCAACAUGGGCGAUGUAAUCAUUCCCGAAUGGGCCAAAGAUCGAGCGGGUAUGCAAGGUGACACUGCACCGCAGCCCUUCCCUGUGUCCUUCGACGAUAUCCGACACGUCAUUCCAGUGCAAGACACCGAGACUGGAAAGACACAACAAGUCAUUGUCCAGCAUGCCUAUGCCGCUGGGCCGUACACCGAGCGAGGGGAACACAGCAAGCUCCCACGAUACACUCGCUACGUCUCCGGGAUGGACAUCGAAAUUCCUUGGCCGCUGGAGGAAGAGCCUGUCAUCACCGACGGCGCAAUGGACACAACACGAAUGGCGGCUGAGACCAUCACAUUUACACCCACAUUAGCGCAGCCACCCAUGCCCUCGAGCGUCAUUGAUGAGCUGCGCAACAAAUACUCGAGAUUCCGCACUCGACACGACCCAGAAUACCUGAAAGCAAAGAUGAUGGAGGAUUAUCGCACCGAAUACAGAGAAACGGUUUCAAUGAUGACACCGAAGACAGAGGCCAAGAACAUGAAGAUCGCCCAAUGGGCGGAACAGAACAAGGCUAAAGUGGAGGCAGGAUUGACCCAGGCUUCCCUCAACUUCAUUGCCAAACACCUGGAGACUCACGCUAUCCCUGCCUCUUCCAAGCAGCGAAAGACGGCCAAGAAGUCGAAGUCAAAGUCCAAGCAAGCUGCUUGA